AUGGUAUUCUCUCUCAGACAGCUGCAGGAAAAGUGUCGGGAGCAACGUCAACUGCUCUACAUUGCCUUCAUAGACCUGACCAAGGCCUUCGACCUCGUCAGCCGCGACGGCCUGUUUAAGAUCCUGGCCAAGGAUGGAUGCCCACCUACCCUCCUCAGCAUUAUCAAGUCAUUCCACGUUGACAUGAAAGGCAUUGUGGUCUUUGAUGGAGGAACUUCUACCCCCUUUGACAUCCGCAGCGGGGCAAAGGAGGCCUGUGUACUCGCCCCCACAUUUUUCGGCAUCUUUGCCAUCCUGCUGAAGCAAGCCUUUGGAUCCUCCACUGAAGUCAUCUACCUCCGCACCAGAUCAGAUGGGAAGCUCUUCAACCUCUCCAGACUAAGAGCAAUGACCAAAGGGAACCUGGAAUGUUUGCAUGACUUCUUCUUUGCUGCUGAUGAUGCAGUCACAACACAUUCAGCAAAAGACUUUCAGCACCUCAUCGCCGGACUCAAUAUAACCUGCAAGGACUUUGGGCUCACCAUCAGUCUAAAAAAAUCUCAAGUGAUGGGGCAGGGCGUGGACACCCCACCAAACAUCAAGAUUGAUGACUACGAGUUAGAAAUCGUCCAUGACUUCAUGUACUCAUCCAUCUCUGACAGCCCCUCAUUGGACUGUCAGAAAUCAACAGGCACACCGGCAAGACAGCACCACCAUGUAGGACCUCUCCAAGAGAGUGUGGUCAAAGAACAAGCUGACUGA